CGCCGAAGAGGAAAUGAAUCUAAGGCUGGAUAAAGCUAAAUUGGAAGCAUCUAUGGAAAUGCUCAACAUACAGAAAGAGACAGCUGCGGCUAUAGCUGAAGCAGAAGUAUUUGAAGCUGCUGAGGAUUUAGACAUUGAGAAAGAAAGGAGUAAAAACUGUUUAAGCUCUGUAUCAUUGGAAGCAGCAUUACGCACACAGCAAUAUGUUGCUGACCAAGCCAAAAUAACGGAGGCUAAACCUCAACUAAGUGAUCAUUAUGUACCAGCAAUUACAAAGCCAAGUCCUGGCGACAGCAUUUCACAUUCACAGCUCAAACCAGAAGCCAAACCUUUCAUUCUCCAUCAAACCAAUCCUGGAUCUCAAUCACCUCAUAUUACCUCACAGCAGCCUGGCAUCAACGGAGACGAGUGUGCUCGUGGUUCACGCAAUGUAAAGUUUGAGAACAACCGUUGUACUCCUGGACAGUAUUACAGACCUCAAAACCAGAGUGGUAAUCCUUCCUCAUCGCCCCAUCCCAUGUCUCCAAAUUACAAUCACGACGACUCAAACCUGAAUGACUUUGUGAGAUAUUUUGCACGGCACGAGCUUGUUGCUACAGGUUUGCUUCAAUUCAAUGAAAAACCUCAGAAUUACAGAGCAUGGAAACGGUCUUUCCAGACCGCAACCCGGGGUUUAAACCUGACACCAAGUGAGGAGAUGGAUCUUCUGCACAGGUGGCUUGGUAACGAGGCAAGACAACAUGUCGAACAGAUAAGAGCAAUACACAUAAAUCACCCUGAAGCAGGAUUAGCAAUGACAUGGGACAGACUCGAGCGAACAUAUGGCUCACCAGAAGUCAUUGAAGACGCUCUGUUCAAACGCAUUGACACCUUUCCUAAAAUAACAAAUCAAGAUUAUUCCAAACUGACAAAGUUAAGUGAUCUAUUAAUGGAACUUCAAUCUGCCAAAGCAGAAGGAGACUUGCCUGGUCUCUCCUUCCUCGACACAGCCAGAGGCGUCAACCCAAUAGUUCAGAAGCUUCCAUUCGGUCUGCAGGAAAAGUGGGCAUCAGUCGGUGCAUCCUACAAGCGGCAAAAUCUUGUCCACUAUCCACCCUUUGACUUCUUCGUGAACUUUGUCAGCCAGGAGGCUAUCAUGAGGAAUGAUCCAAGCUUCAACUUUGCCUCCCACACAGACACAGCUAAACAGAAUGAUAAGACAGGUUGGAAACCAAACAAAUAUCGGGAGGUCUCUGUCCACAAAACAGAGAUCUUCCCCGGAGUCGUUACUGAAACCGGUGAGCCCCCAACGAGAUCUGAGGACUUUGAUAAAAUGUGUCCGAUACAUGAAAAGCCACAUCCACUCCGCAAAUGUCGUACAUUCCGAGCAAAGCCCAUUGAUGAGCGUAAGGCAUUCCUAAAAGAGAAUAAUGUGUGCUUCAGAUGCUGUUCUUCAUCAUCACAUUUCGCGAAGAACUGUAAAAUGAAAAUUCAAUGUUUUGAAUGCAAAAGUGAAAGACACCAUACAGCACUUCACCCUGGACCCGCACCCUGGAUGGAGGAGGUGGUCUUGUAAAUGUAUAUCCAUCAGGCCACAAAGACAAAGCAAUUAAACUGUAUGCAAUUUUGGACGAACAGAGCAACAGAUCAUUAGUUCGUUCACAGUUCUUUGAAAUGUUCAGUGACCAAAGUCCGAGUGCUCCUUACACAUUGAGAACAUGUGCUGGAGUGAAGGAAUCAGCAGGAAGAAGAGCCAGCGGCUAUGAAGUUGAGUCUCUGGAUGGAACUGUCCACAUCCCAUUACCCAGCCUCAUAGAAUGCAAUGACAUUCCUAACAACAGAAAUGAGAUCCCAACCCCUGAUGUGGCUCUCAAUCAUGCACACCUCAAGUCAGUGGCGCACCUCAUCCCAGACAUUGAGCCACAAGCCCCUAUCAUGCUUCUCCUGGGUCGGGACGUUAUCAGAGUUCAUAAGGUUCGCAAACAGAUGAAUGGCUCACACAACCAGCCUUAUGCUCAAAAUUUAGAUCUGGGGUGGGUCAUCGUAGGCAAUGUUUGUUUAGGCAGCGUUCACAAACCAUCAUCUAUCAACACCUUCUACACGAAAACCACAGACCUACAGCGUCCUACUCUCUUUGAACCAUGCCCUAAUGCGUUUCAUGUUAGGGAAAAAUACAGUGACACCCAAGUUGCCAAUCAUCCUUCUCUGGAUGCAGAGGAUAGAACCGCCUGUGAUGCCGACCACAUUGGAUGCACUGUGUUCAAACGGACCAAAGAGGACAAUCAGGUGACUCCUUCCAUUCAGGAUGCCGCUUUCAUGAAAAUAAUGGAUAAUGGGUUACAUAAAGAUGAAAACGGCAGUUGGGUAGCGCCAUUACCCUUUAAAAGUCCACGUCAACGGCUCCCCAAUAACAGGCCUCAAGCACUGAAACGUCUCAAGUCCCUCAGCCGCAAUUUUGAAAGGAAGCCUGAAAUGAAAGAGCACUUUCUCAGCUUCAUGGACACGAUGUUUAAAAAUGGUCAUGCUGAGUUAGCCCCCCCUCUCGAUGAAGAAGAAGAAAGAUGGUACUUGCCAACAUUCGGUGUGUACCACCCGAAGAAACCCAAAAAAAUCAGAGUCGUGUUCGAUUCCAGCGCCCAGUACAACGGUGUAUCACUCAAUGAUGUACUGUUGACUGGGCCUGAUCUAAACAACACACUUCUUGGUGUACUUAUCCGCUUCAGGAAGGAAUCAAUCGCUUUCACAGCAGACAUAGAACAGAUGUUCUAUAGCUUUCUGGUCAAGGGAGAAGACAGGAAUUUCCUACGUUUUCUUUGGUUUCGUGAUAACGACCUCUCUAAAGACAUUGUUGAUUUUCGCAUGAAUGUCCACGUCUUUGGUAAUAGCCCGUCACCUGCAGUGGCUAUUCAUGGCCUUCAGCAGUCUGUUCAAGUCAAAGAGCUCAAUGUCGACGCCGAGGUAAAGCAUUUUGUGAUGCGUGACUUCUACGUAGACGACGGUCUGAAAUCUCUUCCGACGGUUGAAGCUGCCAUCGACUUGUUAAAAAAGACACAGGACGUCCUCUCCAAAUCAAACCUGAGGCUGCAUAAGAUUGCAGCAAACAAUAAAGAGGUCAUGGAAGCAUUUCCAUCCAAAGACCAUACAAAUGAGCUUAAAGAUCUUGAUCUUGGUGCAGAUACACUGCCUAUGCAACGCAGUCUGGGAAUCAUUUGGGACCUCCAGACAGACUACUUCCUCUUUAGUGUCUCAGAUGAGAUAAAACCUUACACUCGGCGGGGUGUUCUAUCCACCACGAAUAGCCUCUAUGAUCCUCUUGGGUUUGCAGCGCCAGUGACAAUCCAAGGCAAGGCUAUUAUGAGAGAACUCACUGUUGAGGAUGGUGACUGGGACACGCCAUUGCCUAAAGAAAAGGAGGAAGCCUGGAUAUCAUGGAGAGAUUCUUUGUCAGGACUGUCUAAUCUUUCCAUCUCCAGACCCUAUACCCAAACAUCGUCUGCAGCAGCAGUCAGAAGAGAACUGUGCGUCUUCUGUGACGCAUCAACCAAAGCUAUUGCUGCAGUGGCAUAUCUGAAACUCACGGACGCAGCUGGAAAAAAUCAUGUUGGGUUUGUAAUGGGGAAAGCUAAGCUGGCCCCCCGCCCCGAGCACACAGUACCAAGACUAGAACUGUGUGCAGCAGUUCUUGCUGUUGAGCUAGCAGAUGUAAUCUUAGCAGAACUAGACCUUCAGCUUCAUGCUGUGACCUAUUACUCAGACAGUAAGGUAGUUCUGGGUUACAUUUGUAACGAAACCAGACGUUUUUACGUCUAUGUCAGUAACCGGGUAGUACGUAUCCGAAGAUCUUCCAAUCCAGACCAAUGGUACUAUGUGCCAACAGAUCAGAACCCUGCAGAUCAUGCAACACGUUCUGUCGCUGCAGGUCACUUAAAAUACACUAACUGGCUCUUGGACUGAUAACACAGACUUUUCCCAACAAAGACGGGAAGGUGCGUCAGGUCGAGGUGAAGGUCAUUAAACCAGGAGGGACUUCACUCUUUCUUAGGCCUAUUACAGAGAUAGUGCUUCUUCUCUCCCCAAAUGUCUAGGUAAUUUAGGUGUUCUAGAUUCAGGUGACGUGUAACCACGCCAGACGGGGAGUGUUUUGUUACAGCUAAGUUUACUCUUGUUUGCAUCUUCUAGGCUAUUCUUUGUGUGCCUAUUGUGCCUAGUCGUGGUCCCUUUAAGAAUCAGGAUGACAUCAUCAGAUGGGUGUGUCAGGUGAUCAUUAGACAGGAAAUAGGCAAAGCAUGGCUCUGUGAGCAAUGUGUUAUUGUUUGUUAGAAAUCCAGCUACAUCUGCAUACGUCUUAAUGCCUUUGAUCGCAUCGUAUGUAAGUAUUGUUUAUGUUUGUGUUAUUAACAAUUGCAGAUGAUUAUUUUUAGGAAAUAUUGUAUUAUGUGGUGUUUAAUGCUGGAGAUCUUCCGAGUUGUCUCAAUAUUGUACAAGGCUAAUGCAAGGAGAGUUAAAUGAAUAAAUGUACAAAUGGUUGAUUAUAUGUUUAAAAUAUGAUGCCAUUUAUAACUGUUUAAGUUCUAGAAUUACAAUAAAUACAUUAAAAAGCUUACAGUAAAUAUAACAAGGCAAUUCAAUUAAUGUUAAAGCUGUGUUGAUUUAUAUACAUUGUGCAUAUUUGUGUAUGUAGAAAUGAUCAUAGAAUUGAUUAUAUUUUGUCUUGUUUAUUUUUAGUUUCACACCUUCCUUAUAUCAUUAAACCUGUGGGCAAAGGAUUCACGUCUUCAGAGUCUUGGUGUACGGAGGGAGUUUAUCUGGCUGUUAAGAUAUAUACACUACAUAU